AUGUUCAAACUCGCUGCUCGUCUUAACCGCUCAAUUGUGCAUCACGCCCAUUCUCGGCCUCUAGGUGUCGUGUGCUUGUCGUGGAAGCGAUUCUCUUCGAUGUACUGUCUGGAUCCCGUAUUGUCUAAGGAUGUUCUGCGGGCAUUACAGUUGUUGCGUGCUAACAUGGAGAAAUCCAAUCCGCAAUUGGUCGGAUUAAUGGAAGAUAAGGUCGAAGAAAAGCUCAAACGGAUCAAUAACAGUGUGGUCGAACAUUACGAGCACUACAAAGAAGAAGGAUUGGAGUUUCCCGGCAAAGAAGGCUAUCAGGAAUGGGAUGCAAAGUAUUUCGAAACAACGUAUGGCUUCAUGGCUAAACAGUACGUCAUACAUUGCAACCGAGCGCAGGAUCAUGGUCUCCAAUCGAUUGAUGAGAUGGUGAAAGAGAUUCUGAAAAUUUUUCAGGCUCAACACCCAUGCUUGACACUAAAUGAGGACGCCAUCUACCCAUAUUUCGAGGCCUUCUGGGCCAUGUCACACAGUAUCUGUCAACCGAAGGAAAUUCGUUUUGAGGACCGUGCAGUGACAAGAAUUUGGGAAUCUUGGUUGUACGGUUGUGAUAUGGCUGAUUGUCUGGCAAGUCUAAACAUCUCUCCGGAAGCGGUGCAAAGUUGGUUCAAAAUUUUUGAGAUUCUCAUACUGAUUCCCAAAGCCACAAGCGAUCAUCCCAUGCUUUGUCUGUUGAGCCCGCCUGAAUAUCUGCGUUACUACACUUACGAAGAGGAGAUUUCAGAAAUCCAAUGUGAGGUUGAAAAAUUGAAAUUCACUUCUGAAGACAAAGAUUACAGAAAGUUGAUUUUCUGGCUAGGGGUUGCGAACCGCAUUGAUGUGAACAUGAAAGAAUUUCACGAUAGGUACGAGUUCUUGUAA